GACGACCUUGCACUGUACUAAAAUAGCAGUGUCGUCUUAGGCGGCUAGCAGAGUAGCAGUGGUGGCGGUGGAUCCAUGGAUAGAUGCAUGCGUGCAUGCAUGCUGAAGCAUUCAACGAUGUAGCUGAGGCCUCUCGACCGGCCUACCUGCUGCAUGCUAAUAGAGGCAUCGAUCCAUGAGGCGACGGGAGAAGAAGAAGAGGUCUCCGAUCCAUCUCCUCCGAGCGUCUUUCUUGGAUAAAUAGCGACCCUUCCUCCUCCCUUGCCUGCCGCCGAUCCAUCCAUCCUUCCUUCCUUCCUCUGCGACGUACGUGUAUAUAUAGUACAAGAAGAAGAUCGAGACAUCAUUUAGUUGUUACUGAUUAGCAGCGACAAGGAUCGACAAGGCAAAAGGAUACAUAGCAAUGGCAGAGAUGAUGAGUGGGUUCACAUCGCCGCUCUGCCUGCUCCUCCUCCUCUUGGUGGUAAGCAUUGCACCGGUGGCGCGGGCGGCGGAGAUGGAGAUGGAGUUGGUGCCAGCAGAGGAGUCGUCGUCGUCGUCGUCGUGCGCUGAGCCGGUGAGCGUGGAGGCGGCGUGCCGCGGCGCGUCGGAGACCCACGCCGGCGUGGCCUACGACCACUGCGUGGCGUCGCUGGGGGCGGACCCCCGGAGCAAGGAGGCGGAGGCCGGCAGCAUGCACGGGCUGGCGGUGCUGGCGACGAGGAUGGCCGUGGACCACGCCGCCAGCACGGAGUCGAAGAUCGAGGACCUGUCGGAGCUGGAGGAGUCGCCGCACGCGCGCGCCCGCUACAACCACUGCCUGGAGCUGUACGGCGGCGCCGCCGACCUCCUCCGCGACGCGCUGGACAACCUCAAGGCGCAGAUCUACGGCAAGGCCAUGGAGCAGCUGUCCGCGGCGCUGGGCGCCUCCGAGAGCUGCGAGGACGCGUGGAAGGGCCAGGAGAACGCUGCAGGCAUCCCCGUCGCGGAGCACGACAGGGAGUACGGGCGGAUGGCGCACAUCGCCCUCGGAUUCACGCACGCCGCCGCAUGAUCGACCGACCAUAUUCAAAUCUGCAUCUGCUGUUUGUAUUUCCAUGUUUUGAUUUGAUUUCAGAUGGCCUUGAUCGGAUGGAUUUUUCUUUUACUAUUUUCCGUGUGCGUGCGUGUGUUGAUUAAAUAUGUGUUGUAGUUCAUCUCAUAGAUGAGGAGGGAAAGGAGGAGGAGGAGGAGGAGGAGGAAUAAAAGGCUUUUUCAUUAAUUCUUCUUCUUCUUCUUCACAACAAUAUAACACAGCAAACUUGGCAUUCAGUUGCCAUCCGACUGAUGAUCGACUUGCUUACACGCUUGAGCCACCUGGGCUCGGACAAAAGAAAGCACCAGGCGCGUGAGCCAU